AUGGCGAUGGAUUGCCGGCACAUCUUAGAAGAACGUUCAGAAGCAAGCGCUGAACGCCGCGCCUUAUUUGCAACUGGCGGUGGUCCGCCAGAGCGCGGUGGCGUGUCCACGGACACGGAGUGGCUCAGAAAAGUAAUGCCACUUUCAAUGGAUGGUCUGAAGAGUGUCUGUGAUGACGAUAUUAUAAUAUGUGAUGAAAUGAACAAUACUUCUAAUGCGGCAGAUGCAGAGUGUGUACAGGUUGGCGAGAUACUUCAUGAUGAAGAUAGGCCAGAAUCUACUUCUGCACCUAUAGUAGCAAUAGUUCCUGCAGCUGCUGCUAUUACUGACACAGCAGAGUCAAAUUCCCAGGUAUCUACUUCUGCACCUAUAGUAGCAAUAGUUCCUGCAGCUGCUGCUAUUACUGACACAGCAGAGUCAAAUUCCGAGGUAUCUACUUCUGCACCUAUAGUAGCAAUAGUUCCUGCAGCUGCUGCUAUUACUGACACAGCAGAGUCAAAUUCCGAGGUAUCUACUUCUGCACCUAUAGUAGCAAUAGUUCCUGCAGCUGCUGCUAUUACUGACACAGCAGAGUCAAAUUCCGAGGCCACCUUUGACUCUAAAGCGCCAGCUUUUCUCCUCCGAACCCGCUUGUCAAAACCACUUCGCCCUGCCACUACUGCUGCCGCACAGCCUCGUGACUGCGACUCCAGACCGCGAGGUGAAGCAGUUAAGAAUAGAGGCUAUAAACGCCACAAAACAAUAUGA